UCCACUAUCUGCACCUACUACCAUUCACUUGAAAGCGGUGAAAGUAAUGCACAGAGGUGACAACAGCAGGACAGUAGAUUAUAUAAUACGAUAAUUUAAUAGGGAUAGUGAUUUAUUUGGUAAAGCUUUAUUGUUAGUACAUUUUGUUGAUAAGGCACAUUCAUGUAUCCGGACUCGAGCCCAGACUACGAUGACUCCUCGAGCUCGUCUAUCAGCAGCAGCAGCAGCAGCAGUACGAGCAGCACCUGCGCAGCAUCGCCUACCGGAGAUAUCCCCCAGUGUAGCCAGCGAUCUCCAGAUUCACACAGGAACAAAUCGUCAAUGGACAGCAACAUGUCGCAGGAUGUCUGCGGAGAAACAGACUCUCCAUGGCAGUCUCCCUUUGUUCCAACGGUGACUGCAAUCUCAACCUCCCUGGAUCUGCACUGGAUGUUCCAACAGACCACCGUCAUCACAUCAGCAUCAGUCUCCUCCUCCUCCUCCUCCUCUUCUUCCUCUUCCUCUUCCUCCUCCUCCUCCUCCUCCUCCUCCUCCUCCAGUGGACGUGCAAAGCUUAGCAGAGCGCAUGGCGCAACCCAGUUGUCUUCCAGAGUGGAAGGCAGCAAGAAAGGGAAAAACCAGGCAAGCCUUGUUAAAUAUCAAGGAGAACCUUCAUCAGAAGAGGACGAGAGGAGAAAUAUCAGGAGAGAGAGGAAUAAAGUCGCUGCAGCCAAGUGUCGCAACAGACGGAGGGAGCUCACCGACACCCUGCAAGCCGAAACUGAUCAGCUUGAGGGGGACAAAGAGGCCUUGCAGACAGAGAUAGCCCACCUCCUGAAAGAGAAAGAGAGACUGGAACAGAUCCUAUCCACCCACCAACCAGCCUGCAAACUAGCCGUCGCUGAGGACGAUGUCGAAAAUGAGAUCGACGAUGACAUUGAAGGCAUUCUACAAGACGCCCCAGAUUCUGCCCAGCUGCUCUCCAUCUUGGAGAAUGCAGACAAACUCCAACUCCCAGAAGGCAAUGCGACAGUAGUGACUGUGUCCAAGGGCCCCUUGUUCCAAGAAAUGGACACCGUCCCCGUCCCAAGCAUCUCCAUCUCAGCCUCGGCAAUCUUGGGUAACUCCAACAUCCUACUGUGCUCCAGUGCUGAGGAAGAACCCAUGGAGGAUCUAGACUUCGACCAGGGUGACCUACAGGACCUGGUCCCCAGUCUGGAACUCAACAUGGCUGUGGCCCCUGAGACCGCCCCGUCCGUUCCCGACAUCGACCUCCUCGGGGGCCCCUUCUGCCUCUCAGACUGGGAGACCCUGUACAAGUCUGUGGCUAAUGAUCUGGAGCCCCUCUGCACCCCCACGAUGAUGACUUCCACUGACAGUCCUACAUGUAGCAGUUAUUACCGCUCUGUGUUUUCGUUCAAUUACUCCGAGAUAGAUCAUGUGGCUGAGGAGAAGGGGUGUUGUGAGAGCUCCGAGGGUCUCAAAGGAGUUGUUAGCGGUAGAUCUGAUUUGAUUAACGGUAGUCUCAAUUCUCCCACUCUGUUGGCCUUGUGAAUCUGUUAUGAACUGGUUGGAGAAAUAGGGCCAGUUCCCCACACACAGAAGAAGCCUAGUCUUAUUAAAAAGUAAUAAUAGCAUAUUCAAUAAUGAUUCUCCAUUGAAAGUGCUCUCCUAGUCCAGGACUAGGACUAGAUCUGUGUCUGGGAAACUGGUCCAUGAGGUUGAUAUUGAAUCAAUAAGCUAUGGUCUAUUUAUCUAUCUAUCUAUCUAUCUAUCUAUCUAUCUAUCUAUCUAUCUAUCUAUCCCCAGAUGUUUUGUUAACCUUUAACCUUUAGCACCAAAUGAAAUGGUUACUGUGACUGUAACAGUGUUAACUUCUUCCAGAUGUAUUGGUGCACCUGUGAGGGCUGUUCACUCUCUUGAGUAGUGGUGGAAAAAGUACUCAAUUUACAUACUUAAGUUAGAGUAAAAAUACAUUCAUAGAACAUAAUAGAGUCAAGUAAACGUGAAAGUCAACCAGUAAAAUACUACUUGUGUAAAAAAUCAAAAAGUAUUAGGUUUUGAAAUAUACUUAAGUAUUCAAAGUAAAUGUAAUUGCUAAAAAUAUACUUAAGUCUCAAAAGUAAAAGUAUAAAUAAUUACUUAUGUUAAGCAAACCAGACGGCACCAUUUUCUUGUUGUUUUUAAAUUUACGGAUAGCCAGGGACACACUCCCAACACUCAGGCAUCAUUUACAAACCAAGCAUUUGUGUUUAGUGAGUCAGCCAGAUCAGAGGCAGUUGAGCUGGGCAGGGAUGUUAUCUUCAUAAUUGUGUGAAUUGGACCAUUUUCCUGUCCUGCUAAGCAUUAAAUAUGUAACUAGUACUUUUGGGUGUCAGGGGAAAUGUAUGUAGUAAACACACUUUUUUUUGGGGGGGGGGGGAUAUAGUGAAGUAUAAAAGUAGUCAGAAAUAUAAAUAGUAAAGUACAGAUACCCCCAAAAAAGUACUUAAGUAGUACUUUAAAGUAUUUUUUUACUUAAGUACUUUACACCACUGCUCUUGAGAGAGAUACAUGUGUAUAUUGUCGGUAUUGUAUCAAAAUUAAAUGCAUGAAAAAUCAUACCAUUCAAAAUGGUGCUACAUUUUUGUGUUUCAUCCUUAAAUAUAUAUGUGAAACUAGACUGUGGUUUGUGUGGAUGCCGUUAUCAAAUUGUGUCUGAACAGGUGAAUUUACAGUUUAAGUAAUGUGGACAUUAUUUUACUGUAAGGUGAGAUUUCUUUCAGGUUUUCACUGAAAACACAGUGCCAUGUGUUUUAUUAACAUGUAUUUUAUGACAUAGAUUAUUUUUUUUUACAUUCAAAGUUUUGACUAACUCUUGGUCAAAUGCCUAAAAAAUACAUAAAUAGAACACAGACAAAUAAAAAUAUACCAUUGACAAA